GACCCCAAAAAGUCUGCACUGUGGUUUUUCAGAAAACUUCAAACUUAGCUUCUUAAGGAAUAACCCGCAAAGGGGAAAUGAACUCUGACAAGGCUAAUAACAGGGAUUUCAAGUAGUGUUUUAGGAAGCCAGUCGCAGAGUAUUCACGUGUUAAUUCACUGGCAAGUUCUGUGGCAGGAGCACCCCCACUCUGCCCUCCCCCAGCUCCAACUGUUGUGCUGCAGCAAGAUUUGGUGUGAGGCUGAGCCCCCCUUUAUAAGCUGCCCUCCAGAUUCUGUUACAGCAAGAGUCUGGUGAAAGUGAUCCUUGCCUACCAGUCUCACACAAAGGCUAGGAGCUCUACCAGCCUGCUGCUCCGUGCAGCUGCAAACCCGGUCUGCUCCGGCUGAGCGGCGACCCAGGCUUUCACCUGAAAAUGAGUGGAGAGGGGUCUUGACGAGCCCCCAAGACCUCCCGGAGUGGGGCGGGGAGGGAGCUGACAGCCAGAGUGGAAGGAGACCGCUGGUCCCCGGGGAUCAGCUUGCGAUUAGCUGCUGCCUGGAUGCUCCGCGAGCCAGUUGAGCAUCCUGCCUGUGGUCCAGAGGGUGCUGGAGGCGCAUCUUGCGGUAUGCCUGCGUGGAUUUGAGCCAUCGCCCAGAGGCGAGCCCGCAUUCAGGCACGGUGGACCGGCUUGGGCAGGGCUGCGUGCAGUCAGUGCGAAUGCUCAGCUUUAGGCGUCUGCAAAGCCUUCCGACUGCAUGGAUUUGGCUGUUUAAUCAGCCGAGGUGACUGCCCGGGAAGAUUUGCGAGCCUGAUCCACACUCCAGCUGCUGUGACAACUUCAGGGCUGGCUGUUUACUUCUCUCGGUGCCCGGACUCUGUUCUGCACCGCAGCCACUCCUGGCACUUGCCCGGCUCUGAAGUCGGCCCUGAGGACUCCUCUGACGGCAUCCCCAGGAAGGGGGAGCAAGGAGGGGUUAAAAGACGAGCAGAAACCCCCCCAGCUGCUCAACUUCUCGUGACUGCCUGUGUUCUGGGGUUCUGAGAGGGACCGUGCGCUGCCCGGGGAAGCAAUGCAAGUCUCCAUAGCCUGCACAGAGCACAAUUUGAAGAGCCGGAAUGGUGAGGACCGACUUCUGAGCAAGCAGAGCUCCACCGCCCCCAAUGUGGUGAACGCAGCCCGGGCCAAAUUCCGCACGGUCGCUAUCAUCGCGCGCAGCCUGGGGACCUUCACCCCUCAGCAUCACAUUUCUCUCAAAGAGUCCACCGCAAAGCAGACUGGCAUGAAAUAUAGGAAUCUUGGAAAAUCAGGACUCAGAGUUUCUUGCUUGGGUCUUGGAACAUGGGUGACAUUUGGAGGUCAAAUAUCAGAUGAGGUUGCUGAACGGCUGAUGACGAUUGCCUACGAAAGUGGAGUGAAUCUCUUCGAUACUGCCGAAGUCUAUGCCGCUGGAAAGGCUGAAGUGAUUCUGGGAAGCAUCAUCAAGAAGAAAGGCUGGAGGAGGUCCAGCCUGGUCAUAACAACCAAACUCUACUGGGGUGGAAAAGCUGAAACGGAAAGAGGGUUGUCAAGAAAACACAUUAUUGAAGGAUUGAAGGGCUCCCUCCAGAGGCUGCAGCUCGAGUACGUGGACGUAGUCUUUGCAAAUCGACCGGACAGCAACACCCCUAUGGAAGAAAUUGUUCGAGCCAUGACACAUGUGAUAAACCAAGGAAUGGCGAUGUACUGGGGGACCUCACGGUGGAGUGCUAUGGAGAUCAUGGAAGCCUAUUCCGUAGCAAGGCAGUUCAAUAUGAUCCCACCGGUCUGUGAGCAAGCGGAAUACCAUCUUUUUCAGAGAGAGAAAGUGGAGGUUCAGCUACCAGAGCUCUACCAUAAAAUAGGAGUUGGAGCAAUGACAUGGUCUCCACUUGCCUGUGGAAUCAUCUCAGGAAAAUAUGGAAAUGGAGUGCCUGAAAGUUCUAGGGCUUCACUAAAGUGCUACCAGUGGCUGAAGGAGAGAAUUGUAAGCGAAGAAGGCCGAAAGCAGCAAAACAAGCUAAAAGACCUUUCCCCGAUUGCUGAGCGUCUGGGAUGCACACUGCCUCAGCUGGCUGUUGCAUGGUGCCUGAGAAAUGAGGGUGUGAGUUCUGUGCUCCUGGGAUCCUCCACUCCUGAACAACUCAUUGAAAACCUCGGUGCCAUUCAGGUUCUCCCAAAGAUGACAUCACACGUGGUAAAUGAGAUUGAUAACAUAUUGCGAAACAAGCCCUACAGCAAAAAGGACUACCGAUCAUAAGGCAGGGCAUGAGCAACGGGACGUGCACGGUUCCAACUGCGGUCUCUAGUGGUACAGAAUGGUGUCACUAGCCAGUCUUUUGAGUCACUUAGCAGCCUGCUGCUCCACCUCUAGCAUUCCCGGAUUCUGAGCUAUCUGCUGUCGCUACCACUGUGCACAGGAGUUACGAGCACAUCCGAAAACUCACAACCAAGGAAAUGCAUUCUAUUUUCUUAUCUUGGACUGGAGUCACCUAUUCUUGCAUUGCUCUGUGCACCUCAUGCGCAUGCCACAAGGUGUUUGAGGGGAGGGCAGACUACCUUCAGGCAUUUAGUAACUUGAAGAAGGCUGUACAGUUCUAGUUUUCCAAAUGCAUAAAAUCUGCAGAUGCAAUGUGGAUUGCAUCAGAAAGAGUAGGCUAUGUUCACUCAGAAGUCAUGGGAGAAUAAGCAAAACAACUUCACGUUGUUUUUUUUCUAUUUCCACAUUAAGGUUAGCAAGAGUUGUUUCACUGGUCAUUCAACAAAACUAAAAUUCCACGGCAUUUGCUUUCAUUACCUUUUAAAAAUACUGUUGCUUGGCCCCAAGAAUGCCCUGUAUUGUCAUUUACCCAAGGUUAUCUAUUAGGAUUCUAUUAACAUUGUCCAUUCACAUGGAGAGACUGUGAAAGGACGAACGCCCUAUCUUUAA